AUGGGGGAGAGGAUUUUAGCGGCGAUGUUAUUUGUCGUCGCUCUGAUAGUCUGGAGGGCAAGUCAGGUGAGCUCACAUGAAUUGGAUCACCGGUACAAGGAAGGAGACCAGAUUCCUCUCUAUGCAAACAAAGUGAGACCCUUUCACAAUCCUAGCGAAACCUACCGCUAUUAUGAUCUUGGAUAUUGCUUGCCAGAUAAUGUGAAAGAGAAAAGGCUGUCUCUAGGUGAAUUACUGAAUGGGGAUCGUUUGGUUAGUGCACCGUACCAGCUUGAAUUCCUACGCGAAAAACAUUCUGAAUCUGUUUGCAAGAAGAAGUUGUCGAAGAAAGAGGUGGCAAGGUUUCGAGCUGCUGUUAGAGAGGACUUCCUUUUUGAUAUGCAUUUUGAUGACUUGUCUGUUUUGGGAUACGUUGGGAGCGUUGAUAUGGAACAUAGCAAGCAUAGAUAUUACCUUUACAGACAUAUUCGGUUUGAUAUAUCUUACAAUAAGGAUCGUGUGAUUGGGAUUUUGGCAAUUAUGUAUGCAAACGAUGUGGUCGAUCUUACAGAAGACGAAGAGGUUGAUGUGGAAUUUCUGUAUACAGUGAACUGGGAGAAAACAAAUACCCCUUUUGAGAAGAGGAUGGAUCAGUACUAUGAGUUACCUUCGUUGCGUCGUCAUUUAGAGAUCCAUCGGCAUUCUGAAUCAGCUGAAGCUCAGGAAGAGACUGGUUGGAAAUGCAUUCAUGGAGAUGUAUUUAGGCAUCCCAAGUACAAGUCUCUCUUUGCAGCUUGCCUUGGUUCUGGAACCCAGCUAUUGACUCUUACUGUGUUCAUUUUUGUUCUGGCAGUAGUUGGAGUGUUUUAUAGGUACAAUCGUGGCGCUUUACUGACUGCAUUGAUUGUCAUAUAUGCUCUCACGUCAGGAAUUGCAGGAUACACUGCAACCUACUUUUACUCUAAACUUGGAGGAACUAACUGGUUCAGGAAUCUAUUGUUGACAGGAUGUCUCUUCUGUGGGCCUCUUUUCCUCACAUUUUGCUUCCUGAAUACUGUUGCAGUUGCUUAUACUGCCGCUGCAGCUCUUCCUCUUGGCACAAUCUUUGUGAUAGUUCUUAUAUGGACACUUGUAUCAUAUCCUUUGCUCAUCUUAGGUGGGAUUGUUGGGAAGAAUAGCAAGGCUGAGUUCCAAGCUCCUUGUCGUACCACUGAAUAUCCCAGAGAGAUUCCACCGUUGCGAUGGUAUCGGCGAACAAUUACUCAAAUGGCAAUGGCAGGAUUUUUGCCAUUCAGUGUUAUAUGCACCGAACUUUACUAUAUAUUUGCUAGCGUAUGGAAUUACAGGUCUUAUACUGGUUAUGGCUUCUUGUUCAUUGUCUUUAUUAUUCUUCUGAUGGUGACUGGGUUUAUUACGGUGGGAUUGACACAUUUCCAACUUGCUGCUGAGGACCACAAAUGGUGGUGGAGGUAUGCACCUCUUAGUUAUCCUGUGCCUCAGCCUUUACCUUAUCCAUAG